UAUAUUUAACAUCUUUUGGGGUACAGAAUGAAGUAAGCUAUCCUGGGAAACUGGACACUCUUUUAAAAUUCAUUGCUCCGUCAAAUCCCAAAAAUGAUACCGUACAGUAAUAAUAAUGAUUCAAAGCGUGUUGUGUUCAAUUCAUAUAGCCUUUGCGGAUACUCAUGUUGUAUGUUACUGUAGUGAAAUUCAUAACCAGAAGCAGAAGAAGCCAGCAGGCCACAGGCAGGGAUCCAGAGAGAGCAGGGGGUUAGGCAGCUGGAUGAUGAACAGGCUUUCUGUGUCUAUUUGGAUUUUGAGGAUUAGAGUUGGUGCUCCGCCCGGUGAAGAGGAGGAAAAAUACAAGUACACUGGACACUGCCUGGGGGAUGGUACACAAGAAAAGUGUGGGAUCAUCAAACCACAUAAAUGGUGUGGGGCGCAGCAGUUGCUGCAGCUGCGGACCAGUCUAAUUUUGUAGUACCAGCCAGUUAGGUUGGUGCUUUCCCUUUCCCAUUGCUGAAGAUUUCUCAUGAAUUACCAGCCGGAGUGACGGUUAAUCAA